CCACCGCGUUGGCCCUGUAGCGCAGGCGCUGAGGGGAGGCCGCGUGGGGCUAAGGCGGCGCUUGGCCGGUGGGUCCCGCUGCGGGAUUUUCCCGUGUGGCGAGAGCGGUUUGUCGGGGGGCGGUGGUGGGCGUCAAGCCCCUAAUUCUCUCCUUCGCCUCCUCCUUUCUCUCCAGUAGGGGAGGCCCACUCCCCCGGGAUUUAUCUUGGGAUCCCAUGGCUUUCUUUACUGGGCUCUGGGGCCCCUUCACCUUUGUAAGCAGAGCACUGAUCCAUCGCUGUUUCAGCACCACUGGGAGCCUGAGUGCGAUUCAGAAGAUGACGCGGGUACGAGUGGUGGACAACAGUGCCCUGGGGAACAGCCCAUACCAUCGGGCUCCUCGCUGCAUCCACGUCUAUAACAAGAAUGGGGUGGGCAAGGUGGGCGACCAGAUACUCCUGGCCAUCAGGGGACAGAAGAAAAAGGCGCUCAUUGUGGGGCAUCGCAUGCCUGGCCCCCGAAUGACCCCCAGGUUCGACUCCAACAACGUGGUACUCAUUGAGGACAACGGGAACCCUGUGGGGACCCGAAUUAAGACACCUAUCCCCACCAGCCUCCGCAAGCGGGAAGGCGAGUAUUCCAAGGUGCUGGCCAUUGCUCAGAACUUCGUGUGAGUUGAGCCCAGGCCUCUGGUUGCAGGAGAGUUUGUGAAUGGUGCAGUUCCAAGAACCACACUUUUGCUAAGGGAGCUUGGGAGCCACAUGGCUGCUCCCUUCACACUGGGUAAUAGUGUCCUAUGAGAGAAUAAAUAUAUUAAUUUAUGU